AGGCUCGGAUUUAAUGCACAUAAGCACAGCCUAGUACGGACCUCGCGUCGACAAUGGGACCAAGGACCAAUGGCGGAGGCUGAGCGGUUUAUAUAUAUACGUAUAUGCUGAAGUGUUUCAAUAUUUAGACACAUUUUCAAGCUCCAUCAUAUAUAUUGUCUGUAUAACUAGGGUGAUCGUUUGCCACACACAACAAAGCCCCCUAAUCUCCAUGCAUUUACACAUAAACAAGUGGGCAGGCCUAGCACAGGACUAUCUACACGAGAUACGUAGAUGGUUUCCUGUCAGCCACUUGAGUUUCCCUUCGUAUGCAUUGUGCUGAUAAGUCGUCGUUUCCUUUCGCCGAAGCCCUGGCUACGUCGACCGCUUUGGUGUAUCAGUAUUACUAGUUUUUCAUAAAAUAACCUCUAAACAUGCUACGUCAAACACCACUCAAGUAGUUCACAUACAACAGACGGACAAUUUCCUUGUUUUCCUCAUUCCUCCAUCGGCACUUUCUCAGAUUUCUUUGGAAUGGAUCCAACGGUGUGUGGAAGUCCGCCGUCGCCGGCCCCAAAUUCACUGACACCGGUCGACAUAGAAAACUGUGACGUCGCAAGCACGUGUGCAUCCGAAGACCGAGAAUCAGAUAUAGUAGAAACCGCAGCAUCAAAUAUACAAAACGGCAACUCAUCUACAUAUUCGGAUUCAAAUGGCACCAUUCCGAAUUUACCAGAACUAUCUGUAAAACAGUCAUCUAUCAAUGUAAAGUUGGAACCGGGCCUGGUAACCGACUCGGUGGUAGGUGGGGUACAUGUACCCCUGUGUACCCCCGUGGUGUCCUGUCCCACACAGCAGUGGGCUGGCUACUCUGUUACAUCUCCAGAAACAGUGUACUGUCAGCCUUUGGUUAACGCUCAAUACAUCGACACAAACUCCUCCAUUGGUACUUUUGACCCCAGCCGGUCAGCUUUCGAGCCCCCGGGCCCGCCACUAGUUACCACUCCCAAAGACAAUGGAGGAAUAGGCACGGGAUACUCUUUUGUUUCCGAUAACAGAACCAGUGCUGUCGGUGACCCAAUGCUUCCACGUGUCUCUGACAUUGACGAACUGAACCCUUUCGACACAACGGCCAUGCAAGCCGUUUCCACCACAGCGUAUAACAAUACUUACAACAAAUACUCCGCCCAGACCCUGAAGCAGCACCUGUAUCCAAUGGAACCUGUCAAGCCUCCCUCCCCCUCUCAGUACCAGCGCACAUGCUCCCCCUACGACACACCCAGCAAAAACAUAAACAAUGAACCGUUCAAUCUCACGUGUCCCAGGUCGAGAUCAGAGAGCACGGGAAAUGACGUUGCUCAUCAGGAACAGUCCAAGAAAGUCAUUGUUCCGGCAGAUCCUACCCACUGGACGACGUCACACGUACGUGAGUGGCUGGAAUGGGCGGUUAGGGAGUACAAGCUACGUGACCUCGACGUCAGCAAGUUCCCUCAUUUGGAUGGGAGGGAACUGUGUAACCUGACAAACGACCACACCCACUUCGUACAGAUCUGUGGCUGGAACGCAGGCGUGGCGGACUGUCUCCUCACCCACCUUAACUACCUCAGGGAAGGUGUUGGUGGUGUAAGUGCCGGGUACAGUAACGACAAUGUGACCAGUAAUACACCCGUUUCCACCGUAUCCUACACCCAUAGCAAUGGGGGCAGCUGUGUAGCCCGUUCUCCCACAGAUCACGGAUUUGGCAAGUCAGCCUGGACCCCACAGACAAGUCCUACCCCACAAGAUCCAUAUCAGCUGUAUGGCCCCAUUUCAAGUCGGCUUUCAAGUUCUGGCAGUGGACAGAUCCAGCUGUGGCAAUUCCUGCUAGAGCUUCUCUCUGACAGGCGUAACGCGGGCUGUAUCUCCUGGGAGGGAAGCAACGGGGAGUUCAAACUGGUCGACCCGGACGAGGUGGCUCGACGCUGGGGCGAGAGAAAGAGCAAACCUAACAUGAACUACGAUAAGCUGAGUCGGGCGCUCAGAUACUACUAUGACAAAAACAUUAUGACCAAAGUACACGGCAAGAGGUAUGCAUACAAAUUUGACUUUGUUGGUCUACAGCAAGCUAUUCAACCGACAGCCCCGGACUCAGCGUACCGAUACCAACAGGACAUGAUCAUGUCCGGAUAUCCGUCAUCUAGACUCAACUACCUACCUGCGCAUGCGUCAAUGCCAGCGCCGGCUACUCCAAGCUUAUUUGCCGCCACGAAUCCUUAUUGGCCAACCACAACCAAUAACAUCUCACCCUACAUUUCAAAUCACGUUAUGUCACCUCAUGCGGGACAUUUGCCGACACACAUGGGAUCAUUUUACUCGUGAAAAGUUGGUUACGAUAGCAACUCAUUUGUUAUUUAUGGUGAAAUAUUAACACAUUCCUCUCUGUGUAUAUAUUUGGAGAACGUUUUAUUUAUAAAAUUCUUUUUUGUUGGAGAAUCGUUGUUAUUUUCAAAACGAGACUUGUACAUAUUGUAUGAAAAAAAAAAAAUA